AUGAAGCUGUCCUUGUGCGUUCCUUGCGGCCAGUUCGAGAAGUUCGGAGACCAGAAUCAAGGUUAUGUGAUGUGCACUGAAGACUUGGACCGCGGCACCAUCGCAGCAGCCUAUUCCUACGGUGUUGAUGGCAACGACUCGUGGGGAACGGAUAUGGCAUCCAGAUUUGGAUUUGCCGUGCAUGAAUAUGCAAAGGACUGUGGAGAGCCUCGUCGACCCCUGGUCUGCAGCGGCUGCCACAUGAAUUUCCACACCGCACCUCGUGCCGAGCUUGCUGUGUCAGAUAUGGCAGAUGGACGCGAGAAUCCAGAGGGAUUUGAGGAUGACACGCUGCCGGAGGAAGAGGAGGCGCCUCUGAACAGCACCGGAGAUGACGAGGAUGAAGGAGAGGAUCUCCUCGGGGACAACAUGAUG